UGUGUAUGAACGUUUUAUAAAGACGCUAAAGAACUUAUCACUUUAUUGUGUCGAACAAAAAUUUCUUUAUGUUCCUUUUUUCAUGAUGCAAUACGACUGUCUAUGUUGUGUCUUAUCCUGGCUAGCUACGUUAACAGAAAUCAAAAGUAAUCAGAAUCCACAUCGAUAACUAUGGACGUUCCACAGAGUUUCGUAGUGAUGAAGUGAAUUGUAGCAAUCAUCCAGUCUAGAGGAAGGCAACUGUUAAAGUACGAUGGGUUUAGAAGACUAUAAAGAAAUCGUGGCCACAUGUGCCACGAUUACUUCAAUGGGGCAAAUGUUAUCCGGAACAUUCAUGUGCAAGGAUAUUUAUAAGAAAGGUUCAUCCAAAGGUGUUGACCCAAUGCCUUUUCUGGGUGGUAUAGGAAUGUGCAUUUUAAUGCUUCAGUAUGCAUGGAUUGUGAAGGAUCCUGGGAUGAUUAAUAUUAAUGUUUUUGGAGUACUCAUAAAUACACUUUAUAUGGCUAUAUAUUACUAUUACACAUCACACACGAAGGAUACACUUGCUUUAAUAGGCAAGACAGCAGCUUUUGUAAUGGUCUUCCUUGUGUAUGCACAAAUGGAAAAUCCCGAGAAGAUUGAAUACAGAUUCGGUUUAAUUGUGACGACGUUAUUCUUACUCUUAAUAGCGUCUCCUUUGAUACAUCUUGGAGAAGUUAUAAGGACGCAAAAUACGGAUGUUCUUCCUUUUCCGCUCAUUUUUAUGGGUACCCUUGCCUCGUUUCAGUGGCUGUUAUAUGGUCUUAUAAUUAAUAACGUUUUUAUCAUCUUCCAGAAUACGAUAGGUUUUCUGCUUUCUGUGGUGCAGAUGUCUUUAUUCGUAAUAUUCCCGUCGAAAUCGAAAGCCAAAGCAACCGGACAAGAGAAGACGGAUUAAAAUGAACAAUCAUGAAUAGUACAAAUGUAUAAACUACAUAUUAUACGCUUUAAGUACCUCAGUUUAAUAUAAAACGUUCCUACACGUACUUAGAAACCAGUGAUUACAACUUAUAAGAAAGAUGUAAGUUCUGAAUAAUUUGUAUUAUUAACCAUAAAAGAGAAAUAUUAUAACUUUA